UCCGAAACACGGAUCGACGCACCGGCGGAGCACUUUUCUUUUUGUCUUUCUUUUCGACAAUCUCACUUUGGUCCUUUUGUUGGGGAUGAAUACCAUGCACCCCAGUCGCAUCCCCAGUAGGAUAAAAACCGUUAAAGCAUCGGUCUAGUGAGGGGUAAAGUGGGAAUACAAGCCGGAACACACUUUAGCGGGCCGGUCACCCUCCAUUCUCCUCGCGGUUUCUAGCAAUUCGGGGCUUUCAUCGGGGUGGCCUUGCGGGCGGAUGUUUUCGUAUCCCUUGCUCUCUACUCUAUUCCCCCCAGCGUAUCAGCGGAACGAAGAAGGCGACCGGUGGAUCACGGCGAAUUAGGUUUGGUCUUGUGGCCAGAGAGAGGGCUCUCGUCCGAAGAGAAGAGAGCGUGAUGCCGAUGAGUGUUUUCUCCGGAUUCCUGUACUUUCCCCAUAUGCACUUCGACAUCUCCUUGGGUAAUCCCUUCUUCAAACGCACAGUCGAAGGAUUCCUAAAGAUCGGAGCUGUUGCUGCUUCCAAGGUUGCAGUGGAGGAGACCUAUGACUGCCUCAAGAAAGGACAAUUUUCAAAGGCGACACUUGAUAAUGCACUAAGGAAGAUGUGCAGAGAAGGUGCAUAUUGGGGAACUACGGCUGGAGUGUAUGUUGGGAUGGAGUAUGGAAUGGAAAGUAUCCGUGGUACUAGGGACUGGAAGAAUGCAAUGCUUGGUGGUGCAAUGACUGGGGCACUUAUAUCGGCUGCUGGCGGUCAUGGUCGAGACAAGGUUAUCGCCGAUGCCAUCACUGUAGCUGCCAUAGCUACUGCUGCUGAGUUGAUCAACAACCUCGCUUGAAGGCUGUAUUAAAUUUGCACAAUGUCGCCAGCGCCCUACUGCACAUAAUUGCGUCAAGUCUUUUGCCUCCAUAACAAACAAUCAGUUUCAGUGCUGAAUUUAUCUUCCUGUCAUCCAAAGUGAGUAUAAAUAUGCCAACAUCUGUUGGAUUGAAUCGAAGGUGAGAGUAAGGUGAGGUGAUAUAUCCAUCCAAAUCAUGAGAAACUUCAGAAUUUAACCUAAUAUUUGAUGCUGUGGCAGUCCUCGGCUUGCCCAAAGUUGCUUUUGAAUACCAUGCAGGGGCUUAGAGUUAAAGAUCAUUGAUUAUUCCGAGGUGAACUCCUUCAUAUCAGAUAUGUACCAACAACUCCUUUGUUAGAUGCUUCAAUUUAGUUUAGAUUUUGUUGGACCUGCCCUCCGCCUUCGGGCCAUGAAGCAGGAAUUAUUUAGGAUAGCGCCGCGACAACCAGCAUCGUCUCUCGCUUUCUUUUCCCAUGUGAAAAGAUGUGCGCGUUCCUGGAAGGGGACCAUUACCCACAUGAUGAUGCUACUUUCCUACACGCCACUCUUUUUAUUGCGAAAUGGAAGUUCCUUCAAAUGCUUUUAAGCUUCAA